AUGUCACAAAUUAAAGCAGUUAUCGGUGUCUUGUGUUUGAUCACAGUUGCUGCCGCACUUCCCGCCGAGGAGACACGCGGUCAUGCGCGCAAUGCAGUUAGCGGGGACAAUGACAUUAUGGAUAGCAUCUACAGCGAUUGCUUGCGAAAGGAUUCGGUGUCUUGUGUCAAAUAUAAGCUCUUCAAUUUCGUCGACAAAGUGCUCUCCGCUCGCGAGCAGUUCUCGCUGACCGAAGGUGUGACGGUGGUGCGUUCGCCCGAUGCGCCUGCCACCGAAGCUGCACGCUCCAUCUCUGGCGACGAAUCAUUCGAGUCGUUGGCACUCAACCGCAUUUCAAGCUUCUUAAAUACCCACACCAUUAAGGUCGAAUUGAAGGGUGCGGAUAUUGUUCAAGCGGUCAGCUCUACUGGACGUGCGCUCGAAGAUGUAUCCGAAUCAUUGUUCGGAGGUAAUGACGAUCCCAACGCACCCGAAGAGAGCCGUGGCAAGAAGAAGAAGGCUGCUAAAAUUUUGGGCCCCAUUCUUGCUUUGGUCGCAUUGAAAGCCGCCGCCCUGUUGCCACUCUUGUUGGGCGCAAUCGCUUUAAUCGCCGGCAAGGCUCUGCUCAUCGGUAAAAUCGCCUUGGUGCUGUCCGCUGUGAUUGGUCUGAAGAAACUGCUGUCUCAAGAGAAACAUGUCACCUACGAAGUGGUCGCCCACCCACAUCACAGCGCAUCUCACUCCGUCAGUCACGAUUCGUACGGCAGCGGCUACAGCGCCGACGCCGGUUCGUCUGGCUCAUACGGCAGCUCCGGCCAUGGUGGCUGGGGACGCUCACUCGAUGCACAAGACUUGGCUUAUGCUGCCCAAAAGCCACAAGCAUAA